UCCAUAGUCAAAAGUUGUGGUUUUCUUUAGAGAAAAUAAAAUGGCUGGCUCAAACAAUGGCAGAAGUCAGCUAGAUGACAGUUCUGAAUAUGAUAGGAAAAGUGAAGUCCAAGCCUUUGAUGAUUCUAAGGCUGGUGUAAAGGGACUUCUGGAUGCUGGUGUCACCAAGUUACCUCGUAUAUUCUUGCAUAAUCAGCCUGUGAUCGAAAAGAAAGCAGACUCUGAUGCAAUUACCAAGUUUAGCAUUCCAGUCAUAGGUCUUGAAGGCUUGGGCAAAAGUGCAGCUCAACGAGCUGAUGUUGUUCGAGAAAUAAAGGAUGCUUGUGAAAACUGGGGAUUUUUCCAGAUUGUCCACCAUGAAAUCCCAUCAAGUGUUAUGGAGAAAGUACUAGAAGGUGUUCGUCAUUUUCAUGAGCAGGAUACUGAGGUGAAGAAAGAGUUCUACUCCCGUGAUGUUACGAGGAAGUUCACUUAUAAUACCAAUUUUGAUCUACACAAAGCACCAACAGCUAACUGGAGGGACACCCUUUACUGUGUCAUGUCUCCUAAUCCUCCUAAUCCCAAAGAAAUCCCAGAGGUCUGCAGAGAUGUUUUGAUCAAAUACACGGAGUACGUGAUGAAUCUGGGGCUUACUCUAUAUGAGCUACUCUCUGAAGCUCUAGGACUCAACCCAAAUCACUUGAAAGAUAUGGAAUGUGCGGAGGGGCUUAUCGUAGGUGGCCAUUAUUAUCCAGCAUGCCCUGAACCAGAUUUCACUUUAGGACUUAGCGGUCACACAGAUAGCGGCUUCUUGACUAUUUUAUUGCAGGAUCAAAUUGGUGGCCUCCAAGUCUUUCAUAAAAAUCACUGGGUUGAUGUUCCUUUCUUGCCUGGAGCUUUAAUUGUCAACAUUGCAGACCUUAUGCAGCUAAUCACAAAUGAUAAGUUCAAAAGCGUUCAUCACAGAGUGCUGGCUAAAAAUAUUGGACCAAGAAUUUCAGUAGCAAGUCUUUUCAGAAUGCAUUUUCAAGAAGGGAGUGAAUCGAGAUUAUAUGGACCAAUCAAGGAGUUGUUAUCAGAGGAAAACCCUCCAAUGUACCAGGAAACAAGUAGAAACGAGUAUGUCACUUAUCUAUACAGCAAAGGGCUCGAUGGAACUUCUUUACUGUCACAUUUCAAAUUACAGAUAUAGAGACAGGAUCUGCAGAAAUGUUUCAUCAUCUUCCCGGUGUUUAACUCCUUGGCUAUGGUUUUCAGCUCGUGAGUUCGAUUAAAUAUUCUUGUACCUGUUGUACAUGCAUCUUUUGGAAAUUAAAUAAAGACCCCAAGUGUUAUUCAUCUAGAGAAAUUUAUUAAACCAUGUUAAGUUAUUCUCGAGUUAUACAGAUGUUGUAAAUAUUUUAGCUUUUUCUGAGUUGACUCCAGAGCGAAUGAUAUGAUCUUCAUUUUAGCUUGUUUGAGGUAGAAA